AAGUACGCACUGAAACCCAACCGAAACCCAAAUUUGUCCGAGAAGAAGAUCUAUCAACUGCAAAUAUGUCUGGGUCUGGAAUGUGGCAACUUGUCAUGGUAAAUCUGAAGCAUGCAAAAAUCUGUGUUGCAUGAGUGCCAAAAGCUGGUGCCCACUUUUGACCAUAGAUGGAAGGCAGUUUCUCACGCAGGAUAGGUAUGGAAGAGACCACCUCGCAGAGUCUGUCAUGCUAAGUCCCGCAUGUCACACCUCAUGGGUCAUGGAAAAUCUGCAUGACAAGUUUACACUUUUCCAGACCCAGACAUUUUUGCAUUUGAUAAGGUCGACAAGGAGCUGCUGAACUUCGACGACGAAUCGCGAAAAAUUGUCGUGGAACAGCUGAUAUGCAUUGCAAAAGCAUCGUUCUAGCAGUACUUGCAUUACAAAUUUGCUUAGCAUUACAAACGAAAUUUGUAAUGCUCUUUUAUCGAUUAGGGAAGGAGAUUUGUCAUGCAUAGCAGCAAUUACUGCUAUUACGAUGCUUUUGCAAUUCAUAGCUGAAGUGCCUCGUGCGGUUACAGAAGUUCAAAGACGAGGAUAUCGAUUAUCAACGGGACAUCCACGAGAAGGGGGUGAUUCUCACGGGAGAGAUCGACGAGGAAAAGGUCAUGAAUGGAAUCGACGAGGAGCACUGCAUAUCAAAUGUAAAAAUGUCUGGGUCUCCUGGAAGAUUCUGAGACUUGUCAUGCAUGUUUAGUUUUGUAUGACCCAGAAUGUCUGUAAUGCACGACCUAGCAUCACAGCAUUUUUAGAGGGCUUCCUGAUGCCUAUUCCGCAUUACAAAUGCCCUCUCCACGUAGCACAGUCUGGGCUCCUUUUCCUGGUCAUGCAAGACAGAUUUUUUUAGAGUCCAAAGAUAGCUGCAUGACAAGUUUGGAUCCUUCCAGACCCAGAGAGACAUUUUUACAUUUGAUACCGCAGGGGGGUCACGGUCUCGACGAAUCCGAAAAUGGUCAAGGAUUUUGCCCGCUUUCUCGUCAACGCGUACCGACGGAACCAUAUGAAAUGCAAAAGUAUCAGUAUCUUACUCGUAGUAUUGCAACACAAAUUAGCUCAGCAUGACAAAUGGAAUUUGUCAUGCUGAUUUGGCUUGAAAAAGAAAUUUGUCUUGCAUGACUGCAAGUCGUACGAGUACGAUGCUUUUGCACAGGAUAAACCAAGAUAAUUUUUCCGAAUUGAACGCGGAAAUGCUGCGGUCGCUGCACGGGAGUUACCGAGAUUUCCAGUGGAACGUCACCUGCGGCUACGCCUUGGUCCCGUGCCCGAAGCAUUUGUGCACGUAUUCUUUCUACACGAGGUUACCCCACAACUUCUGCUUCCACAUUUUCUCCACGCCGGUGCCGUUGUGAUAGAUAAGUAGAUAAACUAGGACACGAUAAGCUAUCCGAGAAUGGAAAGUUCUUUGAUGAUAUCAUGUCACACAACUACAUCACCAGGGCACAAUUUAGUAAGUCAAAAGUGUCAAACUGCUCAAACAGGCGUACACCACUAAGUACGGACGAAAAGAAAAAUGAUUAUGCCACGAAAAUGGCCUCCUCUGGGCACAAACACGCAAAUUGUACGAACCAUGAACAGGUGUAUUGGACGAACUUACCGGCUUUGCUAGCCUAG